UUGACAUCUGUCUGUGUGUCUGUAGUAUGGUGUUUACGUUUUAAUUUUAAAGUAUGGAAAAAAAGAGCAAACAGGAAUUAAUUGCAAUAAUUGUAGAAAAAAACGAAUGUCUACUGAAAUAUAAAUCACGACUUCAUGAUGUAGUUGAAGCUUAUAAACAUCUUGAAAAAGAAAAAGAAGCUCUGGGAAAAAGCAUUAAGGCAAUAACCAGAGCUCAUUCUAUACUGAGAGCUGAAGACAGAACAGAAACUGAUAAUGCUUCUGAAAAUGAUAAACAUUCGUCAGAGAAAAGAAAUGAUGACUGUUUGCAAAUGCUUAGGUCCAGUUUAGAAGCUUUAACUGUUGAAAAGGAUAGAAUUGAAAAUGAAUUAAGAACGGACAGAAAGAAAAUUUUGCAACAAAAAGAUGAAUUAGAAAGAACUAUAAUUGAAAAUGAAAAUAAUUGGUUUUUGGAGAGAGAAAAAUUUGAAACCAGUAUACAAGAAUUAAAGAAAAAAGUUAGUGCCCAGCAAAGAGAACGUGAAAAAGAGCAGCAAGACCAUGCCUUAAUGCUUAAGGAACUACAAAAUCUUUUAGCUAAUGAACGAGCUCUUAAAGAUAAGUUGGAGGAACAGAUAAGUGAUUUGCAGCAGCAAUUUAGCAGCAAAUUGUCAGAAAAAAAGGCAGUGGAGUAUGAGAAAAGUGUUGAAGAAUUACAGUAUAAAUUGAAAACCUCCCAAGAUAGACUACAAAUUUUUGAAAAUAAAAAUAAAGAAAAUGGAAUAAUUAUACAAAAAUUGCAGAAAGAAUUAGAUGAUAUGAAGGUACAAUAUUUGGCUGAUAUAGAUGCUGAAAAAACUCGAGCUGAUAUGGCAGAAGAAAGAUUGAAAUUGCUGACUAUUGUAAAUGAAAAAAGAAUAGCCAAUUUGGAGAGCCGAAUUUCAGAACUUUCAUCCAUGGUUGGAAAUUAUGAUAAACUUCGUCAAGAUGAUCAGUUGACUAUUCAGAGAUUAAAAGAAAGAGUGGCCCAGCUACAGAUUGAAUGUGCAUCCAUAUCUAAGGUUUCUCAUGAGGAAUCCAAGCUAUGGGAGUAUGGUGAAACAGACAUAAAGUUUAAAGGAAUUCAAGAUAAUGAAAAAGGUGCAGUAUCUGAUAAUUUGCAUGCCCACUGUCGUGCAGAACUACUUCAACUCAGAGAAGAAUUGGAACACUGCAAAUCUAAAGCUGAAUCUGCUCUGAAAGAAAAAUAUAGUAAAACAUCAGUUGCUUUGCUCUCUGAUGCUAAAGCUGGUAAAGAAAUCAAAGAGUUAAAGAGUAGACUAACUCAGUUACAAGAUCAGCUCCAAACAUCCAAGUCACAGUUGCAGUUAAAUGAAGAAUAUCAUAAUAAGAUCACAACAAAUUUAGAAAAGUCAAUUGAAGAAUUGAAAUUGCAGCAUAAACAAGAAUUAACUCAAAUGGAAAUGUUACAUAAAGCAAAAUUGAUGGAUUUGGAGCAUCAAAUACAGAAGCAGCGGGAAAGAACACUUGCACUUCUGGAUGAAAAAGAUAAAGAAAUAUGUUUAUUAAAAUCAUCUUUUUUGUCUUCUUUUAUUAAAAAAGAUAAGUGUGCUGAAAGUAACACAGCAUAUGGUACUGAUGCACCAGCAUCUGAUCAAGAAGCUGCAGCUAAUCUUCUCUCAAAUUCUCUCAUAUCAAGCAAAAAAGAUGGCCACAUACUACAUUACAUACAAGAAUUGUCAAGAAAAGAUAUAGAAAUAUCAAACCUACGCCAUGCUCGAGUCCAGACUGAAACUACUUUGCGAAAAUUACAACAAGAUUCUGCUAUUCUAGAAGAAAAAUAUUCUCAAGAAAUCGAAGAGCUUAAAUCAAGAAUAAAGCUCUUAGAAAGUAGUCAAGAUAAAGAUGGAACUAAUGUUGAGUACCUGAAAAACGUAGUGCUCAGGUUUUUAAAAUGUAAUGAUCCAAAGAGCCGACGCCACAUGGUUAAUGCCAUUGCGACAAUACUUCACUUUACUAGCAGUGAAGUUAAAGAUGUUAAAGCUUCUAUUAAGGCACUGAAAUGAAAACAUAAAUUUUGUAUAAAAAAAUUAUAUAUGUGUAUGUAUAUAUCUUUGAUAGAAGUCUUGUAAUAUUUUCCCCCAAGGUUUUGAGUGAAAUGCUAUAAUAGAGAAAUGAAAAUAUGUAAAUAUAUAUAUGUAUUAAUAUUAAAUUGUAGUAAGCUCGCCUAAAAGUUACCAAGAGCUGCUGCUCCAAAAAGUUCAACAUGUUUUAAAAAAAAAUUAAUACAU